UGGAUUACAAAAGAGGUAGAAGAGUAGUCUGUGAAAGAAGGGGGGGAGCUGAGCAGGCAGGGUCACAGGGGAAAGAGGAGCAGUCUGACACAGAGAGGGGGAGAGGGGCAGAAUGCACCUCCAGCUGCUACAGUUGCUCCUGCUUGCCCCCCUGUGCUUCCCCCUGGAGACCGAGACUCCCACAGCUGGAUGUACAUUUGAAACCCAUAGUGACAUUGGACCUUGUGAGGUGACCCAGGGUACACAGGAUGACUUUGACUGGAGCCUGGUUCAGGAUCCCCGCAGAGACACUGACUUACCUCAAGGCUCGUACCUUGUGGUAAACUCCUCACAACAUUCCCCAGGAAAACGAGCUCAACUACUGUUCCAACCUCUGAGUGAGAAUGACACUCAUUGCCUGCAAUUCAGUUACCUCCUUCAUAGCAGAGAUGCGAGGGGUCCAGGCACAUUGCGAGCCUACGUGCGGGUGAAUGGUGGCCCACUGGGUACAGCCGUGUGGGAGGUGUCUGGUCCGCGUGGGAGGCAGUGGCAUCAGGCAGAGCUGGCUGUGAGCACCUUCUGGCCAAGCGAGUACCAGGUGCUGUUUGAAGCUGAAGUGUCUGGGACUCCUCAGGGAUUUAUUGGGCUGGAUGACAUUCUACUUUUCAGUUACCCCUGCUCUCAGGCACCACACUUCUCCCGCUUGGGUGAGGUUGAAGUGAACGCUGGGCAGAAUGCCACUUUCCAAUGUCCCGCAGCAGGCAGAACCAUUGAAGGGGAGAACUUCCUACUCCAGAGGCAGACCGGAGGCAUCACCUCAACUGGGAUUAUUCAGCAUACCAGUCACUGGCGACUUAUGGCCACCUUUCAGCUAUUAGAGGCUGGACAAGAGGAUCAAGACCUGUACCGCUGCGUGAGCUACUCUAUUCAUGGGGCAGGGGUGUCAAAUUUUGCAGAGCUUGUAGUAAAAGAGCCACCAACCCCAAUAGCUCCACCUCAGCUCCUGCGGGCUGGACCUACCUAUCUAAUUGUGCAGCUGAACACACGCUCUAUUACUGGAGAUGGACCAAUUGUGCGCAGAGAGAUCGAAUACCGUGUGACCGGGGGCUCCUGGCGGGAGCGGCAUGCAGUCACUGCACACACAUACAAGCUAUGGCAUUUAGAUCCAGACUCACAGUAUCAUAUAUCUGUAUUGCUCACACGUCCUGGAGUUGGUGGCACAGGAAAACCUGGUCCAGCUCUGGUCAGCAGAACCAAAUGUGCAGAGCCCAUGCGUGCACCUAAGGGGCUAUCCUGCACAGCAGAACAACCACGUCAGAUGACUCUUCACUGGGAACCAGUGGGCUUCAACAUCAGUCGCUGUCACACCUUCUCAGUGACACUGUGCUACUACUAUGACUCAAGUUCUUUGCAGGACUGCGUGACAGCAGAAGGAGUAACCAGUCACUACACACUCCGGGGCCUUCCCCCUCAUCGUGCUAUCCACUGUCACCUAGUGAUCACCAAUCCUGAAGGCAGAAAAGAGGGCAAGGAGGUAAUCUGCCAAACUCAGGAGGAUGUCCCAGGGGGAAUUGCUUCUGAAUCCUUGGCUCUCACUCCCCUGGAUGAUACUAUCUUGUUAGCAUGGGAUGAACCUCCUGAGCCUAAUGGAAUACUAACACAAUAUGAGAUCAACUAUCAGAUUAUUGAAUCCUCCGACCCUGGGGUGAGUGUCCCUGGUCCACGUGGUACCAUCUGCAAGCUUCCCAAUGAAACAUCCCACCUGUUCACAAACCUGCAUCCAGGCACCACUUACUUGUUGAGUGUGAGAGCGAAGAACAGCAAGGGCUAUGGGCAAAGCGCUGUUACUGAGCUUACCACAAAUAUCUCAGCUCCUGCAUUCGAUUAUAGUGACUUACCUCCCCCAAUUGCUGAGACUGAUCAUACCAUCACGGUACUUUUGAGACCUGCACAGGGCAGGGGAUCCCCUGUCAGCUUUUAUCAGGUUUUGGUGGAGGGGGAGACUGCCCGUCGGACCCGCCGUGAGUUGGGAGCCCCUGGCUGUUUCCCUGGUGCUGUUGGCUUUGAAGAGGCUGAGACAGAGGGCGCCACUCACUAUGUGGGGGGUGAACUGCCACCAAGUGAUCUGUCUCAUGACACACCUUUUAUUGUUGGGGACAACCGCAGCUAUGGAGGCUACUGGAAUCGGCCACUGGAUCCUCGCCGUGGCUACCUCAUCUACCUGCAGGCUGCCAGCCACCACCGGGGGGUGAGCAGGACGAGCUGUAAAGAAACCCGUCUUAAUUGUGUUAGAAUUGCAAGAAAAGCACCCUGUAAGGACAGCAUCCGAUCUUCUGUGGCUCCACAGCGCUCUGAAGAAAUGGGUCUGAUGCUGGGAAUUUGUGCUGGUGGCCUGGUGGUGUUCAUCAUUUUGCUUGGGGCAGUCAUUCUCAUUGUCCGUAAAGGAAGAACACAGUUCUCUUAUGCUUACUAUCCGAAACCAGUGAGUCUGACUAAGUCAGCACUGCCAGCUCGUCACGAGAAGUCCAGUGUUGUAGGACCUCGGGAACAUGCAAAGACUUCAGAUCAACCCACCCUGCUUCAGGAGGAGGCAGCCCUGGCCUUCCUGCACAAUUAUAGUAGUCGAGGUGAGACCCGAUGUGGAUCUGUAACAGAGGCCAGUAGUCUCCUGGGAGGAUCUCCGCGGCAUGGAGGGGGGAGAAAGGGGUCUCCUUACCACACUGGUCAGUUACACCCAGCAGUACGAGUGGCGGAUCUUCUUCAACAUAUAAAUCAGAUGAAGGUGGCUGAAGGCUAUGGCUUCAGGCAGGAGUAUGAGAGUUUCUUUGACUGGGAUGUGUCCAAGAAGAAGGAUAAAGGGAAGGGAAGACAGGAAGCGCCACCAAACUAUGAACGGCACCGUGUCAGGCUUCAUCCUCUACAGGCAGAGUGCAGCUCAGAAGAGAUCAAUGCCAAUUACAUAGAUAUCCGGAUAAACAGAGAAGGCUACCACAGGUCCAACCAUUUUAUCGCUACUCAAGGUCCAAAACAAGACAUGAUCUAUGAUUUCUGGAGGAUGGUUUGGCAGGAACAUUGCUCCAGUAUAGUAAUGAUCACCAAGCUGGUGGAGGUUGGAAGGGUGAAAUGCAGUAAGUAUUGGCCUGAGUCCACUGAAACAUAUGGAGAUAUUCGGGUAACCUUACUUAACACUGAGACACUCGCGGAAUAUGCAGUGAGGACACUCGCCUUAGAGAGGCGAGGUUACACAGUCAGACAUGAGGUAAAGCAGUUCCACUUCCUCUCAUGGCCAGAGCAUGGGGUGCCAUACCAUGCAACUGGUCUUCUUGCCUUCAUACGCAGAGUCAAGUCCUCUACUCCACCUGAUGCUGGACCUGUUGUAGUGCAUUGCAGUGCUGGAGCAGGAAGGACAGGUUGCUACAUCGUCCUGGAUGUGAUGCUGGACAUGGCUGAGUGUGAGGGGGUUGUGGAUAUAUAUAAUUGUGUGAAAACUCUUUGUUCUAGACGAAUCAACAUGGUGCAGACACAGGAGCAGUACGUAUUCAUCCAUGAUGCAAUCCUUGAGGCCUGUCUGUGCGGAGAUACUGCUAUUCCUGCUUGUGACUUCAAGCAAACUUACAAGGAGAUGUUACAGAUAGACACACAAAGCAACUCUACGCACCUAAGGGAUGAAUUCCAGACUCUGAAUUCAGUGACUGCACAGCUCGGUGUAGAGGAGUGCAGUGUUGCCCUUUUACCCCACAACCGGGACAAAAACCGCAGCAUGGAUGUACUACCUCCAGACCGUUCCCUCCCCUUACUGUUAUCUGCCCAUGGUGAGGACACAAGCAAUUACAUUAAUGCUGCCUUGGCUGACAGCUACACAAGAAGCUCUCAGGUGAUUGUAACUUUGCAUCCUCUGCAAAACACAAUUACAGAUUUCUGGAGGCUUGUUUAUGACUACGGUUGUACCAGCAUUGUUAUGUUAAAUCAACUCAACCAAUCCAAUUCUGCAUGGCCUUGUCUACAGUACUGGCCGGACAGUGGUAUCUCUCGUUAUGGGCCUAUGGAGGUGCAGUUUGUUUCUGGGUCAGUAGAUGAAGAUGUGGUGACUCGUCUGUUUCGUGUGCAAAACAUCACAAGGGAUGAGCAUCUCCUGGUGAAACAUUUCCAGUACAUGCGCUGGUCUCCAUACAGAGAUACCCCAGACACUAAGAGAUCCUUCCUACAACUUCUGUCUAUGGUGGAGCAGUGGCAGGAACAAAACAGGGAACACAGGACCCUUGUACACUGUCUGAACGGUGGAGGCCGCAGUGGAACAUUUUGUGCCUGUGGAAUGCUAUGUGAGAUGAUCCAGUGUCACAGAAUAGUCGAUGUGUUCUAUGCAGUCAAAAGUCUGAGGAAUGUCAAACCAAAUAUGGUGGAGACGCUGGAUCAAUAUCGUUUCUGUUAUGAAAUUGCCCUGGAAUACCUGGAAUCUAUUGAUGCAAGAUAGUACUCAACAAAGCUUUAGGUGACAGUCCUGUAUCAUGUGCCAAGCAGAUAUAGCUAGAUGUCAACUGCCAAAACAAAAGGGAUUUUAAUCACCAUUUUCUUGCUAAUUUAAAAGGGCUUCUGGUAACUAACCCUUUAUGUAUAAAAGGUCCCCUAACUUCUCUGUUUUGGGAUUAAAGCAGAAGUCCUACCAAUACAUGUGUGUACAUAUUUAUAUCUGUAAAUAUACGCAAAAGGUUGCAAAAACUCCGGCCCGCAGUAUCUUAUGCUAGAAAACUUAACCAAUUUAACUUGGUGAUGUAUACUAAAAUCAAUAGUAUGGAUGCACACAGAUACUGAAAUUGAUAUCAGUUCUCUUGGGUUAGCAAGGUCUGUGGGAUGUAAGCAACAACUAAUUCAUGUUAUUCUAUGGGAUCUGCUAUAAUAUAGGCAUCUCUCCAUGUUUAAUACUGUAUAUGACAAAAAAGGACCACAGGUUGUAAUGCACUACCCUGAUCAGAAAGGCAAUGGUCUGCCUGUAUGUGUAAUUAAUGUCCCUGUUUGAUCCUCUACACUACACUGUACAAUACGUUUGCAAUUCUUAUCUGUAUAUAAGGGUAAAUGAUGUAUUAACCUCAUAAGUGACGAUGGGGUUUUUUUUUUUACAUGCUUUAUUCUACUCAAAUAAACUGCUUGUUUUUCUUACAUUUGUGUCACUGUGUCACUGUAUUAGUAACUCUAUACUAUAGGUCCCGUGGCUGUCAUCCAUGUUAAAGGUGCAGGCUUGAGAUUUUAUAUUGUAGUGGUAUUAUAAGAAAAGCUGUUUGUGUGUCUGGUGUCUGUAUUCUGAAAUGGUAACAUACCACUAUUCUGUUUUCAAUAAAAUGUUCAGAAAUUCGUGUGUUACCCUUGA